AUGCCGGGGUUCGCUGAUUCCUUCUGGUCGAGCGAUUACGCUGCGGGACUCGGCGUCCUGUUCAGCAAGCUUCAACAGGGCGUUCUCGAGAAUAGACAGGUCCUGACCAUCGCUCGCUUACGCGCCGAAGCCGAGGAAACUUACAGCUCACGCCUGAGCGAGAUCACCCCGUCUGCGGACAAGGUCACCGGCGGUUUCACUCGCGACGAUGGUGCUACCGUUCGCAAGGCCUUUGACGGCAUGCGCAACGAGAUGCAAGAUGCUGCCCGCAACCAUCAUCGCAUCGCCCAGAGCAUUCGCGACCUCGUCGUCAACCCAUUCUCUCGUUGGUGCGACGCCCACGAGGCUCGCAUCCAGGAUUCUCAGGAUGAGCUACAAGUCCGCAUCAAGGCUCACGAUCGCCAAGCCGAGGCCGUCAAGAAGCUCCGAUCGGUUUACUUCAACAAGUGCCGCUUAGUCGAGGACCUUGAGGAGGAAAACAAGCUUGCUUUCCAGGAUCCCGAGAACAGCCCCAAGCAGAACCAGAACAUUCCCGAGAUCAAGGUUCAGCCCCACAAGGAAGAGCCGCCCGCCCAGGAGGAGGAGGAGGAGAUACUCUACGAGAUUGGCGAUGAUACCUAUCAGCCUGAGCAGGUCAAGAAGAUUCUCUCCCAGAUGCUCUCGACUAUCAAGAUGGGCGAGACCAAGGUCCCCAUCUUGGGCACCUACCUCAACACUUCAGCCGGUUCCGAUAUCGUCGAAUACCUCCAGCGCAGCAUGGGCAACAUCAGCGUCGCCUAUGCUGAGCGCAUUGGUCAGGAUCUUAUUGCUAACGGUUUCCUCCGUCUUAUCGGUAAUGUCGGCAACAACUUUGCCAAUAGCUCCAAGCUCUUUUAUCAGUGGCGACCCAAAGCCUUCCAAUUGGCGGGUGUUCCCGAGAAGAAGUCCAUCAACCGUACUUUCUCCCUGGCCUCGACUGGCUCUGAGACGGCCGAUUCUCCUGUUGUUGGCACCGUGAGCGAGUACCUGUCGGGCUGGAAUGUGCUUAACAACUCGCACCCCAACGAGACCCCCAGCCAGCGCAUGCAGCGCGAGGCCCGUGAAGCCGACGAGAAGUAUCGUGCUGGUGUUCGCAAGCUUGACGAGCUGCGAUGUGAGCUUGAGGAGUCCAUCUUCCUCCACCUGAAGUUCCUUGAACGCUGCGAGCUUGACCGUCUCAAGGCUGUCAAGACUGUCAUCCUUGACUUCUCGGGCACCAUUGGCAACGUCAUUCCCAGUCUGCAGUCUACCGUAGACCAGAUGAUGCUCUUCCAGGAGACCAUCCAGCCCGAGGGCGACCUGCGGUAUCUGCUCGAGACGUACCGCACUGGAAGCUUCGUCCCAAAGGUUGUGACGUACGAGAACUACUACAACAAGGUGGACGAGCAGACUUUCGGAAUUGAUCUCGAGGCACGCGCAAGGGCCGAUAAGAAGCGAGUGCCCAUGAUUGUCACGACUAUCCUGACGUAUCUGGAUCACCAUUAUCCCGAUCUGGAGGGUGACGAGGCUCGAAGAGGUGUGUGGCUUGUUGAAGUUCCUCUGGCGCAGACACACAAACUCCGUAUCAAGGUCAACGACGGCAAGCCUGUUGCUCCUGAUGUCUUUGACGAGUUUGAUAUCCCUACCGUUGCUUCACUGCUCAAGGUCUAUCUCCUGGAGCUUCCUGCAGAUUCAAUCAUCUCUUCUCAUGUUUACGAGAUUAUUCGACAAAUCUAUUCGACAACUUCUACCGAUGCGGACGAGUCUUCCCGAAUUGCAGCUCUCCAAUCAACUCUUUCACAGCUUCGUCUCACUAACAUUGCGACCCUUGAUGCCUGCAUGAACCACUUUACCCGUCUUAUCGACCUGACAUCGGCGGAUGAAACCUAUGUAUCGUCUUUGGCAACUGCCCUGGGCCCUUGUAUCCUACGACCGCGAACCGAAACUUCUCUGACCCUGGAGGAGAAGCACGCCUACCGACUGGUCCGGGAUCUGUUUGCCCACAAGGACGCCAUCUUUAGCGAACUCAAGCGCAUGUCCAUGGUUAGUCAUUCUUCUUCUGUUAGCGGCAACCGGCCUCGAGCAAUUAGUACCGACGAGAGCAACCGCAAGGCCCUUAUGGAGGAGCGGAAUAAGGCUCUGCUCGAAAAGGCCAACGCAACCCGAGGCCGGGAUAGGAGCCCUGCUCCCAGCCCCCGCGGCCAUCGUCGAGAUCGCAGCACCGGAGGACCCGAGACCCGAUUUCCGAUUCAAACGAGCCCGACUUCGGCUACUGACCGGCAACGCAGCAGCCUCGGCAGCCUAAACAUCAUUAAGCGCCAGAGUCUUGAGGUUCCCGAGCCCGAUGGAUCUGCACCUGUUAACGGCGACGCGGAGAAGGCAGGCGGCGAGCCGGAGAAGCGCGACAGCAUGGGACGGACACCGGCCAAGUUUGUGGGCGGCAAGCGAAUCCCCGUGGUGCCGUCUACCCCCCCUCAAGAAUCGCCCGCCCGCGGCGUGCAGCUCGAGGAUGCCCCUAUGGAGGACUAGGUUGGAGUGGGACGGCUUGCCCGUGGUUGAGGCAGGGCCUCUCACCUGACAGGGCACACCAUGGGAGAUACCUGAGGAGUUGGGUUUUUGGGAAUACAGCGGGACGAAAGGUGGACGGCCGGUGCUUGAGGAUAUGGGUAGAAAGAGACGGGAGACACGGGUAUCAUUGUCGACCUGUUUCUUUUCAUGCCCAUAAAAAGUCUGGCCGGGAUAAUCUAUCUUGUCAUGUGUAUGUGUUAAUGGAACAUGAGCAAAAAAGAAGAACCGGUGUACUUUUUGUUGCUGCUUUUGGAUGAGCUUGCUUUUUCUUGUUUUGUUUUCGUCUUUGUAUUUAUGCUGUAUUGUAUUCAUGAUAUGGCGGAGAUUCCCUAUUCGUUUUUAAGAUUUGUUUCCGAGAU